AAAAAUAAGCUUUUUGCAAAUUGCCAAUACCAUGCAGCAUAGAUUAAUUUUCUGGUCACUAGUGAGUUACAAUACUUUCCAUGGGUUUGGUAUCAAAGGAAGAGUAGGGAUGCAGUAGGGCAAAAUCAGCAUGAAGGAGAGAAAUAUUUUGCAUCUUUAAAGAAGCGCUGUGUGUGUUUCUUCUACUAAGUGAAUUUCAAAUCCCUUUUUUGGUAAUACAUUUCCAAGGAUUAGAAAAACUUAUUUUUCUAAUUCUAUACUACUACAUUUUAACUGCUGGUUUGUGUUCAAGGAAGAGGAAUCUAUCAUAAAAAAUCGGCAUUUGACAUUUUUGAAGAAGCAUAUGAAACAUGAAUCAUAUCAAAAAAAAUAGCUGUAUUAAUAAUAACAAUAAAUAAAUAAAUAAAUAAAUAGACAAGUGUUUGUAAGAAUUUCAAGAUCUUUUUUCAAGUAAUGACUGUAAACUGUGGUAUUUUAUGUUUCUAAUGUUUGCUUCGUGAUGCAGGUGCCUUAACAUUCAGUUGUUCCUAAAAGAUUAAACAGAGAUAUAUGAUUUUUCUGCAAUAGUGGCUAGUGGUAGAGCUGCUAUUGAAGGGUGGCCGGUGGUUCGUCUUCAUCUUUCACGUGCACAUAUAAAUUGCAGGCUCCUUCCUUUGGUUCUGGAGUGCUGCUUCAUCAUCAUUAUACCUGACCAUUGUCACAGUAUUCUCACCUGCCUAGUUUGAAGUUGUAGUGUGGCAUUUAUAAGGACCCUUGUUUUGCUGAUAUAUAUGCAAUAGCAAGAUAUGUUCUUUGGCUGUGAAUAGACGGUGUAAUGAUGGCGAAUCCAGACGAGGAACAACCACAAACACAGCAGCAGACAGAGGAUUACCUUUUCAAGAUUGUUCUGAUUGGUGAUGCGGCGGUUGGUAAAUCUAACUUGCUCGCAAGAUUUGCUCGAGAUGAGUUUCACGCUAAUUCUAAGUCUACUAUUGGGGUAGAAUUUCAGACCCAAAAGAUGGAAAUUAAUAAUAAAGAAGUGAAGGCACAGAUAUGGGACACAGCUGGCCAGGAGCGGUUUAGGGCUGUGACAUCUGCGUAUUACAGAGGCGCAGUCGGAGCACUUCUUGUUUAUGACAUCAGCAGACGCCUCACAUUUGAUAGCGUUGGCAGGUGGCUUAACGAACUUCAAACUCACUCCGACAUGAAUGUGGUAACGAUAUUGGUGGGCAAUAAGUGUGAUCUAAAAGAGGGUCGGGAGGUGACAACCGCGGAGGGCAAAGCCCUGGCAGAAGCACAGGGCAUGUUCUUCAUUGAAACAUCGGCUCUGGAUUCAUCCAACGUUAAUGCUGCGUUCCAGAAGGUGGUGAACGAGAUUUACUAUAUUUUAAGUAGGAAAGUUAUGCAAUCUCAAGAACUCAAAGAGAAAGAUCCGGAUUGGAUGGGAGAUGGGAAAACAGUGGUUUUACAGGCUGAAGAUGAAAAGCAGCAGGAAACAGAAGCAAUAGCUAAAAAAGGUGGUUGCUGUUCAUCAUGAUUUGGCACUCUCAUUUUUUAUAUACUCCAUUUUUCUUCAAUACUAUUGAGGGGAAAAAAAUCUAUUUUUCUACCAUAAUCUGUAAAUGGCUUGAAAAGUGUCAGAAAAAUUUUCUAUCAAGUAUUUAUCUUAUUGCUUUUCUA